GGAAGUAGGAAGGGAUGUGAAACUUGGCCACAGCCAGGCAGGCAGCACCCCUGCUGGGUGUCCCACAGCGGUCCCUGGGUGGAGGACAGGAACAUCCAGUUGAACUGACGGCCAGCUGAGGCAGUGGCAUCAUGGAGGCCCCGCGGGGCUGGCUGGUGGGCUGUGUGCUGGCCAUAUCCUUGGCCUCUACAGUAACCGAGGAUGUGUGCCGAGCACCGGACGGGAGGGCGGGAGCUGCAGGACCACCGGGCCGAGACGGACGGCCAGGCCUCAAGGGGGAGCGAGGGGAGCCAGGGGCUCCCGGCAUGCGGACAGGCAUCCAAGGCCUUAAAGGAGACCCGGGGGACCCUGGGCCCCCUGGAAAGCCUGGCAACAUGGGCUUUCCUGGACCCAGUGGCCCCCUGGGGCUCCUUGGCUUCCCAGGACCGAAAGGCAUCAAGGGCAACCCAGGAAACAUCAAGGACCAGCCACGGCCGGCCUUCUCAGCCAUAAGGCGGAACCCCCCCAUGGGUGGCAACGUGGUCAUCUUUGACACGGUCAUCACCAACCAGGAAGGCCCGUACCAGAACCACACGGGCCGGUUCCUCUGUGCUGUGCCGGGCUACUACUAUUUCACUUUCCAGGUGGUGUCCAAGUGGGACAUCUGCCUGUCCAUCGUGUCGUCCGGGAGGAACCAGUUCCGGCGCUCCUUGGGCUUCUGUGACACCAACAGCAAGGGGAUCUUCCAGGUGGUGUCCGGGGGCAUGGUUAUCCAGCUGCAGCAAGGGGACCAGGUCUGGAUUGAGAAAGACCCCGUCAAGGGCCGCAUUUACCAGGGCCCGGAGGUGGAUAGUGUCUUCAGCGGCUUCCUCAUCUUCCCGUCCAUCUGAGCCCCGGAAGGACCCUCCCGCCCCUGGCUGCACAUGCUUCCUGCUGUGUGACUCCAGCCCACGCCUUCUACCUCUCUGGUUUC